AUGUGGACGGGCCAUCAGCAGCCAGGUAGCGGUGGCAGCAGCAGCAGCCCCAUUGCAUGGCCGUUGACCAGCGCGGACGACCAGCUGGUGGAUAUCCAUGCAGGGGAUGCGCCCAUCAUAGGAUCGCCAUCAGCAUCGCCACCAGGAUCAGGAUCAGGAUCAGGAUCAGGGUCAGGGUUAGGUGGGAAGCUGUUCCACGACCACGUCCAGCAGAUGGUGCGUAGCUUCAUGAUCCGCGGCACGCAUGGCCCCAUGCAGACGUUGCUGGAUUGGCGCACGUACGGGAUGAAGGUGGAUUUCAACACCACCAGGCCAGGGCACGUGGGAUGGAUGGGCAGCGACGAGCUGUUGUACAAGGACGUGCAUUUCACCAUGGGCGCAUUCCGUGGCUUCGUGCAUGGUUUGGUGGGAUCGGCGCGCGAGCUGCUGCGGGAGGUAUUAUAUAUAUCCCCACCCAGCACCACCACCACCAGUACCAGUAAUAGUAACACCACCACCAGUUUCCCACCCAUCCCAUGGUCCGGAUUAUACGACGACCCCACGCAGGGGAAGCAGGGGUGGUGUUUUUUGCAGGAUACGCGCACGCGGUGGCCCGUGGAGGGUAGGCAGUGGUUAAUCCAGCGGCUGCGUAGCAAGCCCGCCAUGCAGCGCCAGUUCAUGCGCCGCGGCCAGAUACAGGCCCAGCUGGUGGCGCAGUAUUUGAGCCGCGUGGCCCGGUUCAAGGAGAAGCUGGCGGUGGCCAUCCACAUCACUGGUGGGCAGCCAGCGCGGGCGCCCGAGCUGUUAAGCAUCCAGCAUGUUAACACGCAGGCCAGCCGGCACCGGAACAUAUUCAUUGAGGAUGGGAUGGUGACGGCAGUGACGGCGUACCACAAGGGGUUCCACGCGAGCAAUGACAUCAAGUUGAUCCACCGGUACAUGCCCCGCGCGGUGGGGGAGUUGGUCGUGUGGUACAUGUGGUUGGUGUUGCCGUUCACAGAGCAGUUGACCGCGUGGCAGGCGGCCCAGCAGCAGCAGCAGGCAGGCGGCACCGCGGGGUUAGGGUUAGGGUUAGAUGGCGAUGGCAAUGGGCAGGCCCCAGCUCGCCAGCCCAGGGUAGGGUUAGCAUCCCCAUCGUCCCCAGCCAGCACGGCCGCCAUAGCAGCAGGAUCAGGGUUAGGGUUAGCCAGCCCAUAUUUAUGGGGUCCCGAUGCUGGCACGCAGCGCGCGUGGACGCCCGACCGGUUCCGCGAGGUGUUGAAACGGGAGACGCAGGCGCGGUUAGGCCAGGCGUUGAACAUCCCCGCGUACUGGGACAUUGCCAUUGGGAUCAGCCGGCGGUUCAUGCGGGCGGGCUGCGCGUUCACGAGCGACGUCCAUGACGAGAAGGAGCAGCAGGCGGCCGCUGCCAUGGUGUUAGACGCCGACCAGGAGGAGGGCAUGGACGCGGAGCAGUGGAUGGCGCACAUCACGGAUCUGCAGGCGGCGCAUUCGUCGCACGUGGCCGGCAUGGUGUACGGGCGCCAGAUCAUGGAGCAGGCGGGCACCACCAGCCACCGGCGGGCCAUGUUCCGGCAGUCCAGCGUGGAGUGGCAUGAGUUUUUAGGGUUCCCGCGGGAGGAGGAGGACGGUCAUAGUCACCACCACCACCACCCCCCCGCAGGCCAGGCGGCGGCCGGCGCCCCGAGCGGUUCGCAAGCAGUUAGGGUUAGGGUUAGCCCGCCAGACAGUACCCCAAGCGGCUCGCAAGCAGUUGGGGUUAGCACCCAGCCGCCAGGACAUGGAGAUAUUAGGGUUAGGGUUCACCCGCCCGCCGUAUUAGGCAAGCGGAAGCGGGCACCGUGGCGGGCCGAGGCUGAGGAGCACCAGUGGGAGCGACGGCAGCAGCUGCAGACCAUGGACAUGACCGCCGCGAUGCAGCAGAUGACCGGGCAGGCCCGCAUGCAGUUCCGCGGCGUGCAGGCCAGCGCCAUGGCCGCCAUCCAGCAGGGCCGCAGCCCGGUGGUGGCCAUCAUGCCCACGGGGGGUGGCAAAAGCAUGUUAUUCAUGUUGCCCGCGUGGGCCGUGCCCGGCGGCACCACCAUCGUGGUGGUCCCGUUGAUAUCGUUGCGCCAGGACAUGGCGCGGCGGUGCCGGCAGGUUGGGGUAUCAUGCGUGGCGUGGGACCGGCAGCGGCCGCCCGACGAGGCCGCCAUCGUGUUGGUGACGCCCGAGUCCGUGGUGACGAGCGAUUUCUAG